GAAGUAUAUUCUCUAUACAUAAAUUCUAUGCUACGUUUAUAUUCGAUUUCUACUAACUUAGAAUUUUCCCUUCAUACGAAUAGGUCAAGGAAAGCGCGUCGCAGCACGAAUUACGUUUAAAUUAUCAAAACACGUUUAAAAAUGACGGAACAAAGUGAUAGAAGUCAAUUACCACCUGGUUGGGAGUGUAGAUAUGAUUCUCGUAGUGGACGUCCAUAUUUUAUAGACCAUUUUAACCGAACAACAACAUGGGAAGAUCCAAGGAUACGAUAUUGGCAAUACUCUCAAUAUGUACAGACACAAAAUUCCAUAGCAUUGAGUUCUGCCACAACCAUUACUUCUCAAGACAUACCUAUGCAGACUGGAGGAAUUGGUGGUGGUGGACAUUUAGUUUAUACAGGAGCUCAUAGAGCUCCUCAAAUUUAUCCAACACCAUCGCCUUUUCAUAAUCCUCAACUUGCAUUUUUGCCACCUAGUUUACAGGACUUAAAAACUCCAAUAUCUCUGAAAUCAAUGAGUGCCAUGACAAAUCGGUUUGGUGAAAUUACUUUGGGAUCACCAACACCAGUGAGAAAUAUGGAAACUACUUUAACACAAGAUUCUGAUUCCGAAUUGCAAGUUGCAAAAAUCAAUGCAAUGUUUCCUACAGUUUCUGAUACUCACAUACGACUGCUAUUAAAGAAAUACCAUAACAGAGCAGCUUUGGUUGUGAGUGCUCUCCAAGUGGAAAAGAAUCCUCUUUGCGCUCCAGGACCGUGUACACCUAUGGGAGUACACUCAAAAUAUGCAAUACCAAGAUGGAGGCUACCAGCUCAUGCUAUACAUGCAGCUUUAACAUUGAGUCCACCUCGUGGGGUUCGGCCAGCCCCUAACUCCCCAAAAAUGAAACUUAGGUACCUGAAAAAUGUAUUUCCUAAAGUUGAUGAAACAAUGUUACUUGAUAUAUUGGAACAAAGUGAAAAUAAUGUUCAAAAAGCUUCUGAAAAAUUAAUUGAUCUAGGCUAUGAGAAACGAAAUCUUACUGCUCCUAAUAAAUCCUUAAAUAAGAAGAAAGAUAAAGAUCAAGGUCAGAAUGAACGAACUGCUCCAACUCCACCUCCUCGUAUGAAAAGUUUGGAGGAAAAAAAUAAAAUGAAAGCACGCUUGACGGAAAAAUAUAAAUCUGUACCAGAGAGAGUAAUAGUGCUUGCUAUGGACAGCGUAGAUUAUGACGAAGAAAGAGCAAUACACAUAUUAGAUAUUAUGGUUGCAGAAGAAGCUACAAGGCCACUUUGUACUUCCAGUAGUCAAAGCAGUCGAAGCGAUGAGCGAAAGGGAAGUCCGCCUGUAACAGAAGCUAUAAAACUAACAGCAUCACCAAUUAAAAAAGUAGUUAAAGAAAUUGAUCCUGAGAAAUCCAAGAGAUCUAAAAAUAAAAUAGAAAUACCAAAAGUUUCUCGUGGAACUAGUACCACUGAAGAUAACGAACAUAAAUCUCCAUAUUUGUUAAAACCUACUGGUCCAAAUCCUGAAUUAUCAAAAGGAGCUAAUAACGAUUUAUUAUUACCAGACUAUGCACCAUGGUCAGGACCAGAUCCCAAUUUAUUAUCAAAAGAACAAUUUCCAAAAUCAGUAGCAAUGGGACAUGAUGCAUCUUUAGUAUCAGGAGGUUGUCUUGCUAAGGGUCCUAAUGCCGAAUUACGAAAAGGUCCGUUAAGAGGAUUAGCAGAAGGUUCUAUAUAUUCUCAAAGGAAUUUAGCUAAUACAGAAAGCCGUGGUAAAUGAAAUAUAUGUGGAUGUUUCUUUUUAAGUUUUUUUGCACUUGCAAAUUGACUUGAAAUAAUUUAUUCUCCAAAAAUGACUAUAAAUAAUGGUUCUCUUAUGCUUUUCUUUUGCAAUUUAUUAUUAAUGUGCAAGUCUUAAACCUUCAUAUUUCUGUUUUUAACAUCUUUUAACAAAUGAUUAUGCCUAUA